AUGUCGGCCGCAGUGGAUAGCAAUCGGCCCUUGGCCGCGCUAACACGUUCAAGCCAAGCCUCGACAUCAGCUUCCACGCUCGAAAGCUUCCUCGAUUCUGCUGCAUCGCUCGUCAACCUCGCCAGCUCCACUUCCGCAUCACCCCUCCCAUCGGACCGACCACCAAUACUGCGUUCCAGCUCACGAACCAUGCGAGCAUCAGCCUCAGCCGACUCGCUCACGCCCACAGAAAUCGCUCGAGCAAAAGUACUCGAACAGCUUGGCCUAGCUUCCGAGACGACCCAAACCUCCGUCGGAUCCGGCUGCACCCUCACCAGCAACGACACAGACGACGACUGCGACGACUCCCACCACACCCAGUCUCACAGGACGAACUAUGCUUUCCUCAUAACUUACUUCCUCGCCGGAGGAGCAGCGGGUGCAACUUCCCGUACCGUCGUCUCCCCCCUCGAACGACUGAAAAUCAUUAUGCAGGUUCAACCCCAGACCUCCUCCACCACCUCCUCUACCUCUUCUGGCCCGGCCAAGACGAGCAAAGCAGCCAGCAAACGAGCCUACAACGGCGUCUGGACCGGUCUCGUCAAGAUGUGGAAAGAAGAAGGUUUUGCUGGCUUCAUGCGUGGCAACGGAAUCAACUGUCUUCGCAUCGCCCCUUAUUCCGCUGUUCAAUUCACAACUUACGAAAUGUGCAAGACUUACCUUCGCAACGAAGAAACCGGCGAGCUCGACGUUAUACGCAAACUCACCGCCGGUGCUGUAGCCGGAGUCGCCAGUGUCGUUUCCACCUAUCCACUCGAUUUGGUACGGUCAAGGAUCAGCAUUGCAAGUGCAAACAUGUACAACGAAGCGAGAUCCCAAGCUACUCAAGCAGUGAAGAAAGCCUCACAGCAAGUACUACGAGAGCAGAUCGCGGCGAGACAGAAAGCAUUCCCAGGAAUAUGGCAAAUGACUUCGAAAGUGUAUCGCGAAGAGGGAGGCCUGAGAGGGCUGUAUAGAGGUUGUGUACCUACAUCUAUCGGAGUUGCGCCCUAUGUGGCUUUGAAUUUCUACUUUUACGAGGCGGCAAGGAAACGUAUCACGCCGCUAGACGGGUCGGAACCGAGUCCGUUGAUGAAAUUGGCUUGUGGUGCGUUAGCGGGGUCCAUCUCUCAGACCCUAACCUACCCGCUGGAUGUACUGAGGAGAAGGAUGCAGGUGGCAGGAAUGAAGGACAGUCAGGAAAAGUUGGGUUACAAGGAUAAGAACGCCAUUAAUGCGAUUCAGAACAUUAUCAAGGCAGAAGGGGUGACGGGACUGUAUAGAGGUUUGCUGCCGAAUCUAUUGAAAGUGGCGCCGAGUAUUGGAACCAGUUUCGUAACCUAUGAAGCCGUGAAGGGAUUUUUGGAGGUUCAUAUGGAUGAUUUGCACCUUACUAGUGGACACAAGGAGACCAGCAAGGCUCACUGA